UUAAAAAUGGCGACGUCCAGGGGAAUUUGUUUUCGUUAUGGUUUUUGUUUUUAAAACAUCCCAAUAUUUAUUUUUAUUUAUUAAGAAAUUUUCUAAAAAACAAGAUUCAUUGAGUCUGUUUACAUCAAAAUACAAUUAAUUCAGCAAAUCUGGAUGAAUCCAGGGAGAAAAUGAUUGCCGCCUCUGAUCCACUGGAAUUUGCACCAGGUGGACGUCAGACGGUCCUCAGGCACCCUGGAUCUCUGAUUAGUCAACUUGUGGCGAAUAAUCAAGCGGCCCCCGGUGAUAGUGUUCUUUUACAAAAAUUUAGAGAAGUUAAUAUUUCUGAAAAACCUUCUAAAGAAUUUUGGAUAGUUCGUGAUGAUGGUACAAAUGGAGAAGAAGAACUUUAUUGUUCAGGAAAAGUGGCAAUUCACUCAAAAGGAAAUCAAUCAACAAGAGUGUUGCAAAAAUCUUAUACUUGUGAGCAUGACAUUAAACAUGCUCUAUGGUGUUCUUUUAGAACAUAUACAUUAGAACAAUUAUCAAAAAGUAAGGAUUUAAAUGAUGAUGAUAAUUCUGCAGGAAAAACAAUUGAUUGUAUUUGCCUUCUCGAUACCUACACACUUAAAGUUUUUACCGAGACUGGCGAAGAUUAUGUUUCGAGUUUACAAUUUCAGGUUUCUGCUGUAUGGCCAACAAAAUUCGGCUUACUACUUGAAAAAUCUGAAGUUUCAACUUCAUCAUCUUCUAGAUAUACCUCUUUAGAAAUAAGCAGAGCACUUUCAAAUUCUGACAGUCAUUUACCAGUUGCAUUUUCUCUUAUGCAUCCACUAGAUGAAAUAUGUCCUCUACUUAUAAAACACGGAAGUAUAUCAUACAUGUGUGAUUCAUCGCAAAAGAUUGUUUUUACUAGUUCCGAACCAUCUUUAGCUGUAAUUUAUGAUACAAAAACUGGAUUACAUUCUGUAUAUAAAAUACGAAAAGCCACACCAGAAGAAUGUCAAAUAAUUUGCGGAAGUAAUGACACAACACCUAGUUUAUUUAAUUAUUCCACGAGUUCUCCAAAAAAUAUUGGCAGUAAUGCUUCUUUGAAUAAAAGUGUCACCGGCAAAGCUCUAAGUCUUUUUGGAAUGCCAAAUCCACCUUUAUCUGCCUUCGGAAUGGGAAUAACGAAUAGCCCCUUCGGAUCGCGUACUACUUCAUAUACCACAACAUCAGGAAGUGGACAAUCACCAGCACAACAACAACAAAUGCAUUCACAUUCACGAUCACAAAGUCCAAUGGCAACAAUAUCACGAUGUCAAUCACCAACACAUUCGGGAUUUUCUCCAUUAUCGGGAGUCCCAUCUGGAACAACUAUUCAUCAUCAAACACGUCUUCAUCAAACAAUGUUUACAAAUAUUUUAGGACAUUCACAAAAUAGUCCUUGUGGAAGUUACAAUAGUAUGCAAUUUCAGGAUAUUGGAACAACUCCAAGUAAACCAGUUUAUCCAGAACUUUGUCUUGAUCACGUUUGGACUGAAAGCAUCACUGUUUCCAAAGAUGUGAUUGCUGAUAAAGGAUCAAAAGUUUUCUUAACUUCGGAUCUUGUUGGUCAAAGUUAUUUGGGUUACUUGGUUCCUAAUAGAUCUCAACUAUUUUUAGUCCGUCUUGAAAAAACAAAUAAACAACAGCAAAUUAUUUUUGGAAUGGUAACCAGUAUUAUUGCCAAAGAUGCAAUUAAUUUACCUAAACUUAACAUGGUGGCAAUAAUGGACAUGUCCAAUGGAAUUACUUUAUACUCAGGUGUGACAUGCGUUGGAAAAGUUCAUGUUCCAAGUAUUUUACCAUCGCUAACAGGUUUUAGUCAUUUUGUUAAUAAACCUUUACGUCGACAAGUUUCUCCUUUUCCCAGAAGAAGUUCUUUAUUAUCACCAAGUUGUGCCUCGUCUCACGAUAUAAAAUUUGAAGAAGGACUUCAUUUAUUGAGCCCCGUUGGAUUUUGUGGUAAGCCUUCAAAUCUAAUGGAAACAUCUUUAAUUGAUGAAAAUCUUGUUGCUUUAAAGGAUUCUCUCGGAAAUAAACUCACAUUGGAAUAUGGAAAUCAAACUUACUUUAGAAUUACUCUCCCCUUAUCGAGUACUUCUCCAUUAGUUACAAAAUGUCUACAAACAUUAAAAAGUGUUUUACAACGUGAUUUAGCAAUGCAAUUAUUAGUUAAAUGGUAUGGGGCUCGUAAUGCACCUGGUCCACAAAAUUUCUCACCAAAACAAGAAUGGCAUUUAUUUCUUGUAAUUUUAUUCACCCUUCUCGGCUAUGAAGUGGAUAAAUUGCCCUUAAUACAAACAACUGAGAUAAAUUAUUUAACAGAAUCAAAUAAUUCAGGUGUUUUAAGUAAAAAGCAAAAAACAAAUGACUGUGGCUCUUUGGAAGAUUGGGCUUACACGGCUGAUACAUCUGUUUAUGAGAGUACACAAACAUUUGUUUCAAAUAUUCUUGGUUUAACAAAAUUUACAAAAUCGAGUAAAGAGAAUUUUACCACGGAUACAAUGAACAAUAAUGGAAAAGUUAAUACUCAAGCUUCCUUAUUUCCUUAUCUACCGUUGGUACUUUUUUCUCUUCAUUUACUUUAUGAAGAACUUAAAUUAAAUUGUCUUAUGACAGAAAGUUUACCGCUAUUGGCACAACUUCUUUGUCAAAUAAGUAAAGAUUUGAAAUUCGAUCACUAUACUCAUCUCUAUUUUCUUGAUUUUCCAAAACAAUGUAAAGUAACUUCCAUUUCGCAAAUAACUGAUGUGGACUUGCAAAAAAUUACACCACCAAAUUAUAUGUCAACAAAACCGGCGAGUAUUUUUGAAACAUUGAAUAAUUUAAUGAAUUUUGAGGAUGUACCACCAUUUCCAUAUCUUAAACAUGUUAAUACAAAAACAAAAAAUAUUGUUCAAUUAUUUGCAUUAAUUGCAAAUGAAGGUAGAGUUAAUCAUUUAGAUAUGGAUCGUUAUAUCAGAAUUAUUGUACCCGCUGGUAGUCGUGUUGAUAUUCAGGAUAGUGAAUUUAUUGCAAGGGAUGUUCCUAAAAAAAUUGAACAACCCGUCGCUGAAAGAAUUCUUCUACUUUAUCACGAAUUAGGUAUGAGAAAAAAAGAUUUGGAAACUUUACCACCGGGUGUUGCUGUAAUAUUAAAAGAUGUAAUGCAUAGAUGUCGAGAAGAACCUCUUUCAAAUUGGCCAGCUGAUAUUUAUGAAUUAGUUGAUCGGCAAGAUUUAGCAGGCUUGGAAAAACAUUCAUUGCCCGAGAAACAAACUGAUCAUUUGGAAAAUGGAAAAAGCUAUGCAAUAAAAGAUGAUGAUCCUGAUCAGGACGAUGGAAUGGAUUUUGACGAUACUAUUCUUAAAUUAAGAUUCAAUAAAGAUCACAGAGUUGCUGAAUUAAGAAAAUUAUUGAAUUCUUCGAAACCUGUGAAAAUUUCUGUUGUUCAAAGACCUGUUGUCAGUGAUCAUGAUUUCAUUGAAGAGCAAGAGAGACAUUUACUUGUUCUCAGCACGAGAACAAUGGCAUUACCUGUUGCUAGAGGAAUGUUUACACUUAGAACUGCGACUCCUAUUAUCACUGAACAACUUCCAAUUCCGAGAUUAUGUUUAACUGGAAAAGCACCACCACGUGGAACGACAGUUGAAUUAAGUCACAUUGAAGUGCCACCAAAUAUGAAUCUUUGGCCACUUUUUCACAAUGGUGUAGCAGCGGGUCUUCGAAUUCAUCCCGAUGCAUCGAAUAUUGAUUCAACUUGGAUAGUUUACAAUAAACAGCAACAGGGUGAAUUUGGAGUUGAACAUUCUGGAUUUUUAAUGGCACUAGGUCUAAAUGGACAUUUAAAAAAUCUUGCACCAGUUAGUAUGUAUGAAUAUUUAGUCGAAUGCCAUGAAGCAACUAGCGUUGGUCUUCUUCUUGGACUUUCUGCCACUCAUCGAGGAACAAUGAAUGUUUCAAUGACAAAAUUAUUAUCGCUUCAUGUUGAAACUCUUUUGCCUCCAACAAGCAUUGAAUUGAGUGUACAACAAAAUGUUCAAGUUGCCGCUUUAAUGGGCGUUGGUCUUGUUUAUCAAGGAACAGCUCAUAGACACAUUGCUCAUGCUCUUUUGGCGGAAAUUGGAAGACCACCAGGACCGGAAAUGAAAAAUUGCGUCGAUCGGGAAUCUUAUUCUCUUGCUGCAGGUCUUGCUUUAGGACUAGUGGUUCUUGAAUGCGGUGGUGCAUGUGAUAUUGGAAAUAUUCCUGAUACUUUACAUUAUUAUAUGGUUGGAGGAAAUGUAAGGCCUUUUACGGGUGCUCAGAAGGAUAAAUAUAAAUCACCUAGUUAUCAAAUUCGUGAAGGUGAUUCCAUAAAUAUCGAUGUAACGAGUCCAGGUGCAACAAUUGCGCUAGGUCUUAUGUAUUUUAAUUCUGGUAAUCGAGCAGUCGCUGAAUGGAUGCGAGCUCCAGAUACGCAAUAUUUACUCGAUUUUGUAAGACCCGAUUUAUUAAUGCUUAGAAUUUUAUCGAGAGCACUUAUUCUUUGGAAUGAAAUUGAACCAACGAAGGCUUGGGUCUCUAGUCAUGUUCCAGAAAUUGUUCAAAAGUACAAAUUAAUAAAACCAUCGCCGGAAAUUACAGAGACAGUUGAUUUAGAAACAAUGAAUCAAGCGUAUUGUAAUAUUAUUGCUGGUGCUUGUAUGGCACUUGGAUUGAAAUAUGCAGGCACUGCAAAUGAAAAUGCAUUUAAAACACUACAAAGUUAUGCGGAUAUGUUUAUUUCACUUUCGCAGAAAUCAAUAGCUGAAUUGGCAGGUAAAUUUACAAUUGAAACGUGUUUAAAUGUUGUUAUAUUGGCGUCUUCAGUUGUAAUGGCCGGAACUGGAAAUUUAGAAAUUAUGAGAAUGUGUAGAUAUAUAAGAACUCGCGUUGGACCAACAAAUACUGUUGUCACUUAUGGUUCUCAUUUAUCAACGCACAUGGCUUUGGGUUUUUUAUUCCUUGGAGGAGGAAGAUAUACGCUUUCAAAUAGUCCAAGUGCUAUUGCAGCUUUAAUAAUAUCACUUUUUCCUAAAUUUCCUACUCACAGUAAUGACAAUAGGUAUCAUCUUCAAGCUUUGAGGCAUUUAUAUGUAUUAGCAGCUGAACCACGUUUACUUCUUCCACGAGACAUUGACAAUUCUCAAUAUUGUUAUGCGUCCGUUACAUUAACAUUCCAAACAGAUAAAAUGUCAGAGGGUCAGGAAAUUAUUAUGAAAGCUCCAUGUUUAUUGCCACAGAUGAAUAGUUUGAAAAAAGUGCAAUUAAAUGAUGAUCGCUAUUGGAAAAUAACAUUUGAAAGAAGUCAAAAUUGGACACAAUUGGAAGACAUGCUUUCCAGAUGUGAACCUUUAGAUGUUAAACAAAGAGCUGGAUGUUUAUCUUAUUUAGAAGAUCCACAUGGAUUUCGAAGUCUUAUGGCAAGGACUUUGACGACAGAUAAUGUAAUUGCCUGGGCAGCACAAUCGGAACAUAUAACAUCAUUUUCUAAUGAUAAAACAAUUUUAAAUAUUGUUAAAUAUUUUCUUGACGGUACUACGAGACAAAAAUUUCAAGAUGAAAUUCUUCAAGAUAUUUGUCCAUUUAAAAAUCAAAGUAAAACGCCAAAAAGAUUAAAUGACUCAAUGGAUAGAACAACUGAUUCAAUAAGAGAACAAUCAAGUUUUGUUAAUGAUAGAAUGGAAAUUGGUGAAUUGUCAUUUUCAGAGAAAAUUCAAGAAAGUUACGACGAUAUUGAAUUGAAACAAAUUCUAGAAGAAAUGUCCGAAUCAGAAAGGCAUUUUUUGCAAAUAUUUCCUAUUAUAACUUAUGAAUGUGUUAUCAAGGAUAAAGUGAGUUUUCUUCCACUUUGGGUUAAUUUAUAUAAGACAAUAGAGGAGAUAAAAAGAAGGCCAAGUUCUUAUUUAGUUUGGCAAAUUAAACUAGUCGCAUCAAGAAUUCUUUGUGAUAAUUAUUCAGAAAUUUCUAAUCGAUUAUUAACACUUGAAAGUAUUUUAGCGAUUAAGCAAAAAACAUCAAUGAUCAUGGACACGUGGGAAGAUGAAUUAGUACCAUUGAUUCGUCAAUAUUUAAUAAAUGGAAAUGUGCAAGCUGAACCAGAAAAGCUUGCCAAACUUACAACUUAUUUAGUAUUCUAUGAUAUUUUACAUCAAAUUGAUCUCAAAGCCAUUUCUGAUCCACUCGCAGCUAAUAAGUUUACAUCGAACACGUCUAUCAUUAGUCUCUUUAAAUUACAUCAACUUUUGCAAUUAUAGUAUUUAAUAUAAGUUAAUAAUUCAGUUUCUAUUUAACACUUUUUGAAAAAGAACGAAACUGUAUAGUGUACAAAAUUGUCUUAUCUUUCAUUUUAAGAUUUUUAUUUAGAUAAUAAGUUUUUGAAUCUUUGAAUUUGAUGUAUUAUAGACCACUUAAAAUAAAAAAAAUGGUUUAAAAUACAUCAAGAUUAUUAAUUGUUUAAUUAUGUGUAAAUUACUGUACAAUAUUUAACAGUUAAAUAAACUUUUUCAUGUUGUAUUUUAAA